GCUCGUAGUUGAGGUGUGGUUGAAAGCUGUCUGUAACAUUCUACUUAGCAAGCAGAGUAUUCUCAGGAGGGAGACACUGUGCAGACAGGUGCCGUGUCCAUCAUAUUGUGCAGCCGAGGAAGAGGGCGGUGAAUCAUCCCAAGGAGUUCAGGGCCAUGACUGUCCAUAGUGAAAUGGCCGUACGUCGUCAGCACAAACUCCCCAGCUUCUCAGAGCAGCAACCCCCUUGCCCUCCAUCCCCAGGCAUCACUGCAACAGAGACCAACACAGACCAGAAGAAGCUGCCUUCUCUUCAAGCAAAUAUGAGCAUGAUGUGGAACGUAGUAACACAGUUCCUCGCUGUUGCUGUGGCUGUCUUGUUUAUGAUGUGGCAAACUGCCAAAGCCCUAAUGUCAAAAUGGUGUUCUGUCUCAUGCCAAGGGCUACUCCAUAUGAAAAGAAACCCCAGUGUAAAUGGGGAAGUUGAUGUCCUAGUUUAUUCUAAAAAGUGGAAAGGGGAAGAACUCCAUGUCAGGCAAAUGAGGAAGGGUUAUGAACAAAUAUACAACAAGCAUCACAUCAAAUAUCUGCGUCCUGUGAAAGAUGACAAUUAUUCUCCAUUUAGAGCUAUAUUGUUUCAAGUUUUCAGCCAAGGAAUUCCUUUCCCUGGAUGGAUGAAAGAGAAAGAUAUCUUAAAGCUUCCUGAAAAACUUCUCUAUUCCCAAGGAUGCAACUGGAUUCAGCAGUUCAGCUUUGGACCUGAAAAAUAUGCAGGCCCAAAAGUAUAUGGAAAACUGCGCAAGUGCCUAGAGGUCUUCAAGAGUCAGUGGAUGGAAAUGUCCAGUUGCAAAGAUCAAAGUGAAAGACAAAAAAUGUGUAAAACUAUUUUCUCAGAUGAAGCCAAGGAGAAUACAUUAUAUGAAGCAGUUAAAUUCAUAAUGUUGUACCUGGUGAUUGAAGCUUACGAAAAUAUGAAGCUGGAACAGGAUAUUCCAAGCUUUUAUACAUACCUGUUUUCCAGAGAAUCAUCAGCCGAUCCCCUAAGUUUCAUGAUGAACCAUCUAAAUUCUGUGGGAGACACUACAGGAUUAGAACAGAUUGAACUGUUUUUGCUUGGAUAUUCACUCGAAGUUAGAAUAAAGGUGUUUCGACUGAGUAAAGUGAACACAGAAAACUUUGAAAUCUUGUAUCCUGACUCCUGUAAAUGGGAUUGGCAUGAAAUCUGUCUUGUGACUGAAGAUGAUCGACACUAUAACAUACCAGUCACCAGCAAAUAAAUGAUCAAGGAGGAAAAAGCAAAAGACGUUUCUACAGCUCUAAAACUAUAAAUAUAAAAGAAUAUUAUAAAAUAUAAAGAACUGGAAAACACUGGAGUAACUGUUAUUGUUAUGUCUGCCACCUUACCCGUGGGCUGUACAGGACAUAACAUUAGCAUUACACAAUUGUAUAUACAUACAAUUGCAACAUAUUUCUAGACAGACAUUUCUACACAUAUAGCCUGGAUAUUUCCCUUUAUUUCUUACCAGACUACAAGGUACUAGAACUAGACUGGAGCUUUAAUAAUGCAAGCAUCAUGUGUCCUAAAGUGUUUCUACAUAGACAACUAGCUAAUAUUACACUCAAUGCUAGAUAUAGGGAAGCUAUGCCUUAAAGGAACACUAUAGUCACCUAAAUUACUUUAGCUAAAUAAAGCAGUUUUAGUGUAUAGAUCAUUCCCCUGC